AUGGCAUCGCAAGUCAUGACGGCCUCCACCUCGCGGCCACCCGUCGCGGCCGGAGUCGCGCAAAAGCGACGCAAGCCCUCGGGAGAAGUGUCGCACAUUUGUCCAUACUGUAACCGUUCAUUCAAACGCUCCGAACACAAAGAGCGUCAUGUUCGAACUCACACCAAGGAGAAGCCGUUUGUCUGCCACUGCGGUCAUGCCUUUGCUAGACGCGAUCUCCUCACCCGGCAUCAGCGCAUCAACACUCAUCACGACCCGAAACUUCAAACUGCGCAUGCCGCUAAACCGGAGCAAGGUGGGGUCAACCCGGCUGUUGACAAUGUAGUACAGCUCCAGACUCCAGUAUCGCCUCCGGACAUGGCCAACAAUCCCUGGGAUCAAUUCAUCCCCGCUCAAAGCAAUGAUGGUCCAUCAGACUAUGGAUGGACAACUUCACCUCAAACAGGCGGCGCCGGAGCGCCGGACGAGCAAUUCUUCAACCACCAAAUGCAGCAACACGGUCUGUAUUAUCCAGACUAUAGUCAAGGUCAGCCCAUGUCUGGGUAUACCGAUCCUCAGGGGUUCUAUGAUGAUCGCGGCACCGUGGCCUGGACCGGUGUGAACCCUUCGUACUUUCAGAACCAGGAUACUUCAGAAGUCGCAGACCCGCAGCUGCAGGAGCAGGAGAACCCUCAGCUGCAGAAAACUAUCAGCAUAAUCAUCUAA